CUGGAAGGAGAGGGCACCGCCGAGGAGUGGAGGAGCCGCGCCACCCACACACCCCGCGGCAGCCUCAGCGCCUGCGCAGCGGGCUCCUCGAGCUCCCAGGUGGCGCCGUUGAGCGCCGAGUCGUCGAUCGCCAAGCUCCCGAGCUCCCCGGCUCUGCGCAGGCAGCCAGCCGCCCGCUCGCGUGGUGGGCUCCAGGGGGCGCCCUCAAGAGAGGGGCUGAGUGUUCCGGUUCCACAGGCCCGCCCGCAGCGCGGCCGCCGUGGGGGGAGGGGGGGACCUUCUCUCCGUUACACCUCAGCACCCCUCCAGUCCCGGUCGUCGCCGUUUUGGGGCCGCCGCCGCUUGAGGUGGGAGUUGUCCGGCCGCGCCGUCGUCACUGUCGCCGCCUCUGGUUCGAGGCCGCCAUGAAGCUGCGGGUGCGGCUUCAGAAGCGGACCUGGCCGCUGGAGAUGCCAGAAACGGAGCCCACCCUGGGGCAGCUGCGUGCGCACCUGAGCCAGGCCCUGCUGCCCACCUGGGGGUACAGUUCUGAUACCCGGUUUGCAAUUACAUUGAACAACAAGGAUGCCCUCACUGGAGAUGAAGAGACCUUGGCUUCAUAUGGGAUUGUUUCUGGGGACUUGAUAUGUUUGAUUCUUGAAGAUGCCAUUCCAGCACCUAACUUACCUUCAUCCACAGAUUCAGAGCAUUCCUCACUCCAGAAUAAUGACCAACCCUCUUUGGCCGCCAGCUCCAGUCAGUCCAGCACACAGGCUGAACAGCGGAGUGGUUCAUUCCAAGGAGAGGCAGCACAAGCUGAUGUCUGGAAUGAUGACAGUAUGACAUCAUCUCAGCUGGUCACCUUUGCAGAGGACACGACCUGCAUGUCUGGUGGCCCUGACACCAUGCUGGCACCAGGAGCCCCAGGUCCUGACUCAAGCCUUGCCAUUCACUUGCUAUGUGACUGUGAGUAA